AUGGACUAUAUUUUUGCCUCUAUUUUGCGUCUCCUUGCCGUUCGUCUUGUCUUAGUCAGCUAUGACAUUGCAUGCCAGUGGUUUAUAAACCUAUUGAAGAGAAUGCAGAAUGAUUGGACCAAGGACAUGAAGCCAAACCGUUCCGACAUCAUUCUGCAGCCUGCUAUUCCAAAAUUGCAUGAACCGGCGCACAAUCAGAAGAACCACGAAGUUUACUCCUUCAACUAUAUUCCAGGAGGAGGACUUACUGAUGGCGAGUGCCCCGAGAGAGUCUGGGCCCCCCACAACGCGAUCGCAAAUGCAACCAAGACACAGGGUCCAGGAUCGCGGCAAGACACGCUUGACGACCAUUUUGGCUUUUGGAACUGGCUCAAGUACAUCUCUAUGGGGUCCACGCUACUUCGACGUUAUAAGAAUGCCAUUGCACAGCGUAACAUACAGAAGGAGGGUCAUCGUGGCUUAACUGAGGAUUUGAAGAAAAAAAGCCCAGGGCUUGUGGAGAAAUGGGAGCAGAUGUGCAUAGAGUGGGAGAAAGAUCCUUUUCCCAAGAAAAAUAGUAACCCAUACUCUCUGAAAGACGCUGGCUUAUCGGAGGCUAAAGUCAAGAAAAUGCUUGCACAAUCAGAGGCCGAAUUUAUGGCCAACGGUGGAACAAUGCAUCACAAAACAACAGCGUCAGUUUUUAUCAGUAUGGGGUUAGAUUUAGAAGACACUCAACGUCGAAUUCAACGCCUCGCAAAAGGCACGUCUACAACAAUGACUACUCGACAGGAAGGAACAUUAACUGAGCAAAGAAAUGCCUUAAUCACCCGAAUCCGUGCAUGGGAGCUGCUGCUUCCAAUAUAUAUACCUGGUUUACUCCAAUACCAAGCCGAUCAUCCCGACCCCGACGCAAGAGUGCUUCGACCGCCAUCAAACUCAGCAAAUGUGGCUACAAGAGUUGCCCGGCAUGCUGAGGAUACAAAGAUCUGGCUGCCAUCAACGAUACCCGAGUCGCAUAGGUCUAAAAUCUGCAUUGCUGGCCUUGGAAAGAUUGAGUCGCAGCUACGUGAGGCGCAAAUGACCGACUCUCUGAAUUCCCUUCGUCAGAUUCUCAAACUGAAGACCCGAAUGAUACUAUUCAAGCACAAAAACAUACGAGGUCAGCGCGGCGGCACAAGAUCCACAGCAGUCAUUGAUCGAGUUCACGAGAGGGCACGGUUUUCGGCAGCAAAAUAUCGAGAUGCACGGACUUCGUACAUGGCACUUGUUGGGCCGGGGGAUUGGGAAAAGACAUAUUGCGAGCUCCAUGAUGGUGAUAUUCGGGGAUACCAGGACCCAAACCGUCUUCGACCACGUGAAGGACGAAGAGGCACUUUGGAUGACGACCAAAUUGCUGCUGGUAUGACAUCUGCGCCUCAGGAAGAAGGGGAGUUUGUGCUGUUUGGAGAAGAUCGGACACGAAGGGAUGGUUCUGGUCAAACACGCCGAACCCUGUCGUGGAUUUGGACCAAUGGUGGCAUUGCCGAGGCUGCAGGAGAUGAUGACAGCGAUGACAUUCUUCGGGUUGAAUGGGCGAAAAGCCGUGCUCGGUCACUGCGUGCGGAAGAGGAAGUCUUGUUGCUCAAAGAAGAGAUGCGACGUGUUCUUGCGUAUCUGGAGUGGAGGUCAGAAUGGUGGCGAUCACAUCAGAAGGCUAUUCCCGAUGCAAGCACAACCCUGUUGGAGGGAAUCUCAGCAUAUGCGCUCUCACAAGCCAGCCUGCAAGAUUCCCUAGCUGCACAUUUCAAGAAAUUGUGGAUGGGAUCAUUAGACACUGGAGAAGGAGUUGAUGUUGAUGAAGCUAUCGACGACAACAAUGAUGGCGAGGAAGAAGACGAAGACGAAGAUGCCAAUGAUGAGGAAGACGGUGAUGCAGAGGAGGAGGAGGAAGAAUUCAUUGCUAAUGAAGAGGGGGUGGAAGAAGCAUUACAUUUAGAUGAAGAUCUAGACUAA